AUGAUGAUGAUAACGAUGGGGAUUACGACGAGGGUGAUUAUGUCACUAACUCCUCUCCCUCUUCAUCAGUUUGUAUUCCUUACGUAUAUCCUGGGCCUGGCCUUCCUGGGUAUCUUUGGCUUCUCAGCCAUUCCCGUCUUCCUCUUCUACAACAUGUGGACUACCUGUGCUGCCAUGAAGUCCCCCAUGGCCAACGUCACCGAUCCCGACUCCAUCUGUGUGGACAUCAGGCAGUACGGUAUUAUUCCAUGGAAUGCGACACCCGGCAAAGCCUGCGGAUCUACACUAGGAGACAUCUGUAGCACCAGCGAGUUCUACCUGUCUUUCCACCUGUACAUUGUUGCGUGUGCUGGGGCAGGCGCCACCCUCAUUGCAUUGAUCCACUAUCUGAUGAUCCUGUCGGCGAACUGGGCCUACCUGAGGAGCUCCUGCAACCAGAACGAGUACCAGGACAUCAAGACAAAGGACGACGACGUGGAGGAGGGUGGCUCCAAGGAGGGUCUCAACUCCUCUUACUCAUAAGAGACGGCCAACCACCCCUUCCUCACACCUAACCUUCAACCCCCUUCUGAGUAAAACCAACACCUGGGUCUCCUUCACUAUGGGCGGUGUUCUGACUUGAGAUAUGUGCGCUCAACUCAAAUUGUCACACGUUGGCUACAUUUACACAGGGAGCACAAUUCUGAUAUUUUUUCCCACUAAUUGGUCCUAUGACCAAUCAUACCUUUUCACAUCAAUUCUUUUUCAGAGCUUAUCUGAUUGGUCAAAAGACCAAUUAGUGAACAAAAUAUCAGAAUUGGACUGCCUGUGUAAAUGAAAUACAGCCCAUGUCUACCAUUAACAUCAAUGGACAAUUUAAGCGAAAGUCUGAGUUGAGCACACUUUUCUCAAAUCUGAAUCAGGUCCUUUGUCCAAACAGGAGCAAACGUUUUCAAACGGAACAGGUAUAUGAGAAGUUCCUAUUGGAUGAGCUCAGGUUAGGUGGUAUCUCUUCCUGUUUGCAAACGUUUGCUCUCGAUUGGACCGUUACUGAGCGCAACCCUGCUGCCAUAGCCUAACUGCUCUGAGCCAAUCACAGCACAGCACUAACACAGCUCCUAAUAACCGCCUAACAACAAGGUCACUGUCUGCACAACUCCUGAGGAAGCGUGCCACAAAAUGUCCCGUUUUUUUGGUGUUUUAUAUAUAUAUGAAUAUAUUGUGCGAAUGUGUAUGUAUGAAUGUUUUUUUUUUAUACUACUUCAAAGUAUGACAGGUUUACUAUUAUUAUAUUUAUCUGGUCUUCUCUUAUUUCUGGUAUUUUUCUCCUUUGGUUAUCUUAUCGCAACCCUGUUUAACCUGAUUUAGUUUUUUGCUUUUUUUUAUGGUAAUGCUUGUAUCAAAAAUAUAAAAAAGUAAAGUAGAAUUACAAAACCCAUGUAUACAUUACAUACACAGCAUCUCAGGGUGCCUCUCAUAGAAAAUAUUCCUACUAUUACGUUAACUUUCCCAAUCCUUUAUUGACAUCCAGCAAUUUCUGUUAAGUAACUCUUCAUUUUGGCCUGAGGAGAAAAAUGUGCUGUACCCUAACCAGAUUGGACACAUUCCACACUUACAGACACACUAACGUGACUGUUGGCCCAAAGCAGCAGUUCUGUCUGCAGCUGUCUGCAGUGUUAACGCAUUACCUUGACCUGCAGGUGGACCUCUAGCCUGGUCCCAGAUCUGUUUGUGCUGUCUUGCCAACUCCUAUGGUCACUGUCAUGUUAUUAUGACCAUAGGAAUUGGCAAGACAGCACAGACUGAUCUGGGACCAGGCUAGUGAACCUCCACCUAGCCCUCUGUAUGGCAGGUUUUCUCUGGAAAUGGCCUUGCUUCUAAACCCACAGGACAAACCAACACUCAAGGUCAGAUUGCCUUGUUCUGUUUGUAAGUGAUACAUUAUACAUACCUCAGGUACUAAACCAAAAUAAAAACUCCACUAACUGGGACCAGGCUAACACUUCACUGAUUAAGCACACACUUGUUACAAGGCAAGGCCACAGCUGAAGUGAACAUAACAAAAGGCCCAAUGUUUGUUCAUUGUGUUCAUUGUACACAACUGUGAAGGGUGGAUUUCUUUCUCCUCCUGGUUUUUGGAAUCAUACAUUCACUUUCCUCAAGAAAAGUCCACCCUUAAAGGGGUGAAGUUCACCUGUAAAUAUAUGGACCGCCCCAAAGGAAGUUCUAUUGAAUGACACGUCCUGAAUGUGGAGAGCACGGUCAAUGUUUAACCAUGCUAUUUUACCUUUGAUUACCAAUAUGUAAAUGUUUCCUUUUGGAGUAUAUGUUUAGCAUCCAAUUACUUGUUCUGCAUUAAAUAUAAUAGUAAUGUAACAUCUUUUAAAACGGUAUGUUGUGAGAAGGAAGCAAAUACAGAGUCAUGAUGGCGGUGGUGCUUGUAUUGUAUACAUUUUGAAAUGUGAAGAAAAAAAAUGUACAAAAUGGUUUUCAAUGUUUUUUUUAUCAGUUUUAGGCAGCUGAAUAUUUCCCUGUGCUAAAGUAAUUAAUUAAUUGACAUUAUUUGUAAUUAUUUUACUAUGGCAAGCCAAAUGAAAGUGACUCAUCUGUCAUACUUUUAGGCCUGUUUAUAUGAACAGAUACCGUUUGGAUGUUUACAAUAUAACAAGUCAGGAAUGAUUUUUUUUCCCCCCAGAUAUCAUUUGAUUAUCAUGACCUAUUCUAUAAUAAUGAUCAGAGUACUUCAAGUGCUUCGGACUAUAAGGUAUCUGCAUUUUAGUCUAAAUUGAGUUAGUGACAUAGCCUUGUUCUGUUCAAUGUACUCUACCUACAUACAGUAUACUCUAAAUACCCCAAGCCAUGUUAAGUUCAAAUUAAUUCAAAAGAAUACAAGAUAAAAUGUCUGACCCCAUUCAAACCAACGAGGGCUCGAAACUGUAAAGCCAAUUAUCUCACAAUCAUCUUUUUGCAGAUAGAACCUUAUAGUCCCAAGCUAUCUUCCUCACACCAGUGAAACAAUGAUUUAUUUAACUUUCGUAUGAAAAGGCAUGUCGGUAUUGUCCACGUGUGCAAACGUUUAAAUACUGAAAAAAGGACUAUAUUCCCAUGUGUGUUAUGUUUGAUAUAAUACAGUGUGCUUUGCCACCAGGUCGAUGUAGGCAAGCGCAUGUUCCGGUUCAUAUAAGAUGCGUGUCAGUCAGGGUGUAUUGUCGUUUCCUCGUUAUUGCAUGAAGGCGACAUGACUGUGUCUUUGCAGUUUUUCAGGUGAUGUGUAGUCAAUUGUACUGACAACUAUGGUAGGCAGCGUUUGCCCCCACUCAACUCUUUUUUAAAGAUAUCCAUUGUACCUUGAUGACAUUGUAGACCUUGUAGUUGUUUCAUUAUUGUUUUUCUUUAAAGUUUUAAAUAGUUAUAUGACUCCUGUAUAGUGAUGAUUUUUGUAACCUUCUCUAGUAAAACCGAUAUUUUAUCGUGAAA